UCCGCCGCGCGCCACGGGACUUCCGCCGGGAGCUGCGGGAGGUGGCCUUUCCCCGUCGCGCCGCGCCUCGGGCCGUGCGGGUCUCGGGGGUCUCGGGGCGUCGGGGGAGGCCGGCCGGGCCCGCCGUUGCCGCUGCUGCCGAGGCCGGGCCAGGGUUCCGGGCGGACCCCGCGGGCUCAGGCAGGUGUUGAGACGUCUGGAGUGGCGCAGCCCACAGCCGACCGGAAGCUGGCCUUCACAGACGGAUGGCCCGCUGUCCUGAGGGAGGGUGACCGCGUCAGCGCUCUGGGGAGGCCCGCCAGGACCGUGAGGGUCCCACAGUUGCUCCAUCAGUGGAAGAGUCCAGAAAAGGCCAUUUCUAAGGUCCUCCCUCCUCGAGCUGCCUGUCGCCUCCCUGGCCCCACCUUGAGGAUGGACCUGCCAGACACAGCUGGAGACCCCACCGGCGACCCUGUUGUGACCGAGGGCUGUUCUGCCGGCCCGGACCCACUUCUGUUCCUGCAGGCCCUGCAGACGCUGUGGUCCACGCGGGAGCUGCGGCAGCUCCGGGAGGAGGCUUGGCGGGGCUUCGCAGCCCUGGCCGACCCGCGGACGGUGCUCCUGGACGUGCUGGAGAGCAGCAGGGGCUGGCAGCGGAAGGGCCCCUCCCUGGAGGCCUGGCUUACCUGGGAGCUGGCUCACUGGCUGUCCGCACAGCCGCUCCCAGGGCUGGCCCAGGGCAGCUCGGGGCUGAAGCAGCUGCAGGCCCGUGCUGUCAGAGUCCUCACGGAGAGCCCCCCUGGCCUUGUGGAGCCGCUGGUCAGCAUCUUCCAGCUGCAGGACGCAGACCGGGGCCCCCUGCUGACUCACGUCCACAGGCUCCACCAGGAAGGCAAGUUCAAAGAAGCUGCUCUGCUGGGCCUGAAGCUGAGGCUGCAGCCACUACUCGAUGUUGAGAAGAUGAGCUCCCCGCUGCUACUGCAGGACAGGAUGGCCCUCGCACAGCGCUACGUAGCUGGCUUUCCAGACCUCCAGAGGAGGCUGCUGGCCCUACUGGACUCCUGGUGCCAGCCCGGCUUUGACAUCAGAGUUGUGGCCAGGCAGUUCCCACAGGUGACCCCCCUGCGGCUGGAGAGGCUGAGCCCCGGAGUGCUGAGUCGGCAGGUUCUGAGCCUGCUGGAGCGGCAGGGCCUGGACCCAGCUCUGUGUCCCCACGCCGUCGCUCAGCAGCGCCUGGCAGCCCUGCGCCACCUGUGCCGUGAGCAUUUCGUGGAGGGCAGCUGGUCUCGGGAGAACUGGACUGAGCACGUGCAGGCCCUGGUGGGACAGGACGAGCAGCUGCAGGACGAGCUGCGGUGGUGGCUGGCGUCUCCCGACAACCAGGCCGUGGCCGCCCAGUGCGCCCUGGACCUCUCGCUGCCUGAGACGCAGCUGCCAGCCUCGGUGGCCACUGAGCUCCGCCGGCUCAAACUCCAGGGGCGGGCUGCUGAGGUGCGCUCCGAGAGCCGGAGGGAUGGUUACUAUCAGCUGCCCAUCGCCAGCGGGGACAUCCAUUUCCUGGCCUCCUGGGAGGACCUAGCCAGGCACGAGGAGGAGCUCCUACAGCCCGGCCAGGUGCUCGCUGUGGACCUGGAGUGGCGACCCUCGUUUGGCACAGGGGGCCGGCCCCAGGCGUCCAUCCUGCAGCUGGCCGUGAAGGGCCGUGUGUUCCUGCUGGACCUGCCUGUGUUCUCACGGCCAGUGGGAGGGCAGGUGUCCCAGGCCUUCUCCAGGCUGGUCUCCCAGAUGCUCUCGGAUCCCUCCAUCACUAAGCUGGGUUACGGGAUAUCAGGGGACCUUCGGAGCCUGGGUGCUUCCUGCCCUGCCCUCGCUCACGUGGAGAAGCAGCUGCGGGGCAGUCUAGAUCUGCUGCAGGUGCACAGACAGAUGCGGGUGGCAGACAAGCCGGCUCUAGGCAGAGGUGAGGCCAGGGGACCGCGGGGCCUCAGCCUCCUGGUGCAGCAGGUUCUGGGCAAGCCCCUGGACAAGGCGCAGCAGCUCUCUAACUGGGACCGGCGGCCACUGAGCGAGGGGCAGCUGGUGUACGCAGCUGCUGAUGCCUACUGCCUGCUGGAGGUGUACCAGGCUCUGUGCAGAGAACCUGCCCGGUUCUGCCUGUCUGAGGACCUGGCCAGGAGCCUGAGGCCAGUGAACAGUGAGAGGCCAGAGGCCUGGGAGCUGCCCGGCCUGCAGGAGGCCUCAGCCUCGCCUUGGCCGAACACAGCGGCUCCCGGUUCUUCUCAGGGUUGGCCCUCAGAGCUCUCACCCCCGUCAAGACCAGGAAGGGGGUCAGGGGCCCGCGGGCUGAGCCAAGCCGUGUGGCGGGAGCCUGUGGCUGAGAAGCAGGACACCACCCCGGAGGUCCCCGUCAGGGCCUUCUGUGCUGUGUGCGACAGCAUGCUCCAUGGGCUGGCCCGGAGCCUGCGCUGCCUGGGGGCCGAUGUGCUGACGCUGGGCGCUGGUGAGGACCACCGCAGGGCUGCAGAGGCCUGGUCCUGGCGUCUGAGGGAGGAGGUGGUUGUGCCGAGCUUAGCCCCGGCCACUGUCCUGGCACAGAACACCUGCUUCCAACCCCAGCUGAGUUGAGCCCGCGGCAGGGCUGGAACCGAGGCGGCCAGCCUGGCUUCUUGGGGACUCCACGCCAGGCCUUUCGGGUCACGGAAUUCCGGAGCCGGGGGUGGGGGAGGUGCCCUCCCAUUGACCCCCAAGAGUUCACGGGGCUUCCAGCGAACCAGGGGCCGGGUUCGGCUUUCCUGCUCCUUACCCUGCUGUGUUGCCCCGUGACUUUCUACAUCGACAAAUGGGAUUUAAAGACAUUAAUUCACUAAGCAGCUGACCUUAAAAUAGAUUAUUUUAAAUGACUCAGGUGGGCCCAGUGUGGUCACAUGAGCCUUUGGAGCAGAAACAGAAGUCGGAGUCAGGCCUGGGUAGGUGCCAGUGUGCCCGAGGCCCCACAUCAGGCAGGGAACUGGAUCCUGCCGGCCCUCGGGAGCCCAGAAGUGGAUUCUCCCCAGAGUGUGGCUGCCGGCAGCCAGAUUUUGGUGUGAGCCCUACGCCGGGAGCCAGCGGGACCGGCAGGACCAGCCGGCCGCAGAGCGGAACCGAGGGUUAGCAGCGGCUGCACAUGCCGAGGAGCUUGGAAAUCAAUAGUGGCUGCAGGCUUGGGGGGCUGGGGUCUCCCCGAGAGAAGUCUGGCUGGCCUUGGGGGACUGCAAGUGGAAGGCACGGAAGGUGUGAGACAGGCAGGGUCUGGAACGUGCUGCCAACCCACACGGGACUAAAAACGCACGGACCUUCCCGUUCCUGGGGCCUGGGAGGUGGUACUAGUGGGUGGUCAUACUUGGUGCCACAUACCAGGGAGGUGUGAGCCAGACCUGGGCCGUGGGCUGGCGUCAGCCGUAGCUUCCAAAAUCCCUUUAACUUGGUGCAAGUAGGCCUUUUGAUCCAAGCUUUUAAGGAAUUCUGGUUUUCAGUACAUGUCUCCAGAGUGGGAGACGUCACACCGCUCGUCAGCGGGUGUAGACACUCUGGGCAGUGGCACUGUGUCCCUCACUUGCCGGGCAGGCUGUCCACAACGGAGGAGGCCUCCACACCCGGGGCCUCGAGUGGGAGAGGACAGGGGUCAGCUGGGGAAGGUCUUGUCAGGCGAUGCGGGAAGUCUGUCUGGUACAUGGCGAGAGAUGCUGAAACCAAGUGCUUGAUUCCAGAAGCAUGGCCUGCGGGGGGCUGGGUCUGGCCACACAGAGGACAGAGAAUGAGUUUACGGAAGGCUAGCAGGGGUCUUGCUGGUCUCCACCAAGCCUGAGCCCGCAGUCCCUCUGUGGAAGUCAGAAUGCACAGAGGAAGUCUGUGUCCGUAGCAACCCCACAGCUUGUCACCUGCCCCUGACAGGCAGCGGACUUCAGGUGCACCUGGCCAGGUCCCCACUUACACCCCCGACGGCUGCUGCUUCCUGGGGUGACCCUCACUGACCCGCUGGGGCCAGAAGUGGUUCCCAAGGACAGUCUUCAGGAUGCGGUCUCUGCAUGAAGUCUGGGACCUCUGGCUUGGUCCUCGAGUCCAGUGAGGUGGGAGAGCACUGUGUCCCAUGGGAGUGGUGUCCCCAGUAGUCUGUGGCCCGCCUGUGGAUGCUCGUGGCUGAAUGCCUGUAGUAGGAGAGAUUCGGGUGAACAUGCGUCUGCCACCUCCGGACAUUCUUGUCCAAGUGAGGAGGAUGUGGGCUCGGCGGCUGCUCUGACUGUGCCGGGCAAAGUGGCGGAGGAGGAAUGGGCGUGGGGCCGCGCUUCCUGCUCACGGUCGCAUGGGGACUGAGCUUCUGUCUCUGCCCCAAGAGCGAGCCCUGGGCCAUCCCGCUGCGGGCAGCAGAGUGACGGCGUGAGUCCCCUUUGCCACGGGGCCCACCACCCGUCUCUUUUGCCACGUUCACCAGCUGCUGGGCCUCCAGUUCCGUGUGGGGCUUUGUAAGAAAAUCGCCGAGCCCGACGCGGUCCUUAGCCCGGCCUGCCCACGAGGCGGGUCCCCGGCCCGAGGCAGUGGCUCCUGCGCACGGGGUGUCUGUCUGGGAGUCGGCGUCCGGGUGCCUGCGGGAGUGCCUGUGUGCCCAGCGCCGGGUCGGGCCUCCGGCGCCCCGUGUCCGCGGCUGUCCCCGGAGGUGGCACUCCCUGUGGUGGGGCCGUGUAGGGGUGGAGAGGGACGGCAGCACCACCCCAGGGGCCCCUUGUGCCUCUCGUCCGCGCGCUGAUGGUGCCCCAUGAGUGUGACUCCACGCUGAGUCCUCCUGGGGACCCUCAACACGUCUCCCCGAGUCUUGUCUGGGGCCUCUGGC